CGUCAUAGGUGUUGCUAAGUAAUAACCAUUUUGUUUCUAAAAUUCGUUGAAGAGGACGUUUUUCUAAUUUCUAAAAUUUCAGUUGAUUUUGUUUUAUUAUAAUUUUAUUUAAUUUCAACUAAGUUGCGAUGUCCUUUGACGCCGUUACACAAGAGCGGGCCAAUGAGCCGGUGACGAUCCAAGCGCACAGAAAAAUUCGUUCAAGCAUGAGAAAAAGCCUACAGAAUAUGAUGGGACCGUUCAUUUCGAAAACCAAAUUCAUUUCCAGCUUUUCGGAUCCAAGCAAUCCAUUUGUCUUUCGUUUCGAUCCCGAACACGAUCUUUUCCACAACCACACAGUUAGUACAAGACGAAAAGAAAAUGGCGAUGACGUGGUGGAAUUUGAUCUGAAAUCUUUCUUCCGUGAUCCAAGUAUGAUGUGCGUGCAUCAAAAAUGCAGUCCGUGCCUUCAUAUUCCGACAGAUCAAAUUGAAGACUAUGAUAUAAUAAAUCCCGACUAUUGUUUGCCAGAGUUUGGCCACACCAGUCUGAUGUACAGCUCGAGGAAUGACGAAGUGGACAUCGUCAAAAAACUUUUGGAGAGUGGUGCCGAUCCUGAUCUCCAAGACAAGAAUGGAAACACUGCACUGAUGGAGGCAGUAGCAGCGUCCAACACAGAAUGUACUCGUGAGUUGCUAAAACACGUCGACCAUUACCGAGUCAACAGUUUGGUGAAUAAGGAUGGGUUUACAGCGUUGAUCUGUGCAGCGGGUGUUGGAGAUAUCGACACAGUGAGAUUUUUGAGUGCAAUCGAACUCAAGAAUCAAUCAACAGAGAAUGCGCACACUCGAAACCUCCAGACAAAGGCGGGACAAAGUGCGUUAAUGAUGGCGGCCUCAAAUGGAUAUUUAGAUGUUGUUCAGUUCUUGGUAGAAGAACUUAAAGUUGAUGUACUGGUUAAAGAUGAGAAUGGUAUGUUUGCCUAUUGUUGGGCUCAACUGAUGGGCCAUUGGAAAAUAGCAGACUUUCUCUUAUCUACAAUGAUUCUAAGGCAGAAAUUACCUCAAUAUCUCAAGGUGAAGUUUAAAUCGUGGAAAAUGAAACCGCAAGAAAAAUACAAAACAUCGAUACAGCAUCGAUCGUGUAUACUUUGCAUAGCACCUCUGGCAACCUUCACUAAAGAAGACAUGGGAUUUGGUUACCGAACUGGAUUCGAUGUCACCCAAAACAAAAACUUUUGGCAAAUGUACGCCUCCCGUUUCUUCGACUAUUCAACGUUUGGUUCUUACGAAGAUUGUACAGCGUGGAUGGAUUUGCUGUUCUAUGGAUUCCUCGCAAAGAAAACAAAAAUCAUCGAUCGUUUUCUGAAUUGUAAUGAAAUGAUGCUAUGCUUGAUGGAGUUCUUUCAAAGAGUCAAUGGGGCAAUCACUGGUGUUUUCCUUUUGGACUAUAAUUGGGACGUCACCACAUCUAUAGCUAUUCUAAUCUGCUUGGCCAGUACACCAGCUGGAGUGGAGUGGGUGCGGCUGAAUGUAUCCGAUUUGGACAAUAUCUGGAGAUUCGCGGACGCCGGAAAUCUUCUCCGUCACUGCGAUAGGUCAUCAUCAACUGAAUCAAAACUUCUAUUGAAGGAGAAAGUCAAGAAAAUAAAACAGAAAUCGAGAAAGAAACGUCUAGUGAAAGGAAAAGAAUAUGAAACGAACGAAGAAUCUAUACAUAACACCAACGAAGAUGACUCCCAAGGUAAUACUAGCGAUGAAAAAAGCGUCGUAGAAAAUAAAGACACACCCUUUGCCUUUACCCAUCUCACUGAAUAUUUCUCGUGUGUAUCAAAAAACGUGAAACUUAGAUUCAUAGAAGAUAAUUCGAGUUUUAUACCAGAAGAAUCUCUGAACAAUCUGAAACGUAUAUUCACCGCACACUAUGAUAUGAUAUCGCAGAAACGUAUGGACGCUUUGCUUGAAGCUGAAAUGAAAGAGAAGCAAGCAGCUGAAGCUAAACUGCAAGAGAAACGUUUGAAGAGGAUAAGACAGAAGGUCAAUAGGCGAAUGUCUCGUGAGACAGACACCAAAGAUAUCAGUCAACAGCAAAUGGUAUCCAACGCAACUGAAAAAACACCGAACUCUCGGGAAGAAGCAAUCAUAAAGGAUAUAGCCCCAAUCGAUAUCUUCCAACCUAACAAAGGUUUGGGGGACAUGGACACGGUGGCUGGACUUUAUCAUCUCAACGCUAGUGCCGAAGAAAAUCUCAUUUCUAGCUCCGAACAAGUAACACCAGGUAGAGAAGAUUUUAAGACACAUACUAAUAGGAAGGACCGAAGAAAACGUCAGAUUAAUGAGGAAAAAGAUAUGCCAAUCUGUCCUAAUGACCGUCAUUCAGCGAAAAUGAGACAAACAGACCAAAAUAGAAAUAGACCUGUGAUAGCUCCUUUGAGACUUUAUCUUCCUCCCCCAGUCCCCAGAGAUUCAAAAGUCACAAGCGACUGUUCCAAUUGGCGGAAUGCAGUUUGGCCGAAACCAUCACCUCAAUCGGAGCAUGUGCCCUCGCCUUAUCCCAAUUCGCGAGCCAGUCGGACGGCAUCCUGUGACAAAGACAAUGGACAAACUGGUGCAAGCUACAAUAGUAAAGGUCGUGAAAAUGAUGUUACUGGUUCUAAUAGAGAAAGGAAAUCCGUAGCAGCUGCGAUAUUUGACUCACCGUUAUCUUCGUGCAACCAACAUGGGUCGCUUGAUAGAGGAACCAUUGUAGAACAGUUUAGCUCUUCGGUAGAUGGUGGUUCAGUUACAGGGCUGUCAAAACCAAUAGCGAAGAUAAAAACCCAUAGGCCUACACAAAAUAAAAUACAACCCCGUAUGGAAAGUGGUGAUGAGUCGGAAGAGGAAAACGAUCGAGUGGCCUAUGGUGCCAUUAGAACAUAUGAUGAUCGAGAGCAGAGACAAAUAGAUGCAACAAAACCAAUUAACAUCCAUGUUCAGAAUUCGUACGACCUUGGUGAAUUUAUAAUAGCAAAUAUAGGAAAAGAAAUCAAAGAUUACUUUGAAAAUAUGCAUCAAGACAAAGUCUUAACAUUCAAAAAUACAGAGGCUUAUAAUCUUCAGCAAGAUCUACCAUUGGACCACCUCUUAUUCACGAAACAAAUUAAUGAUUUUCAAAAUCCUAGGAAAAACCGAGAAAUUGAAAUUGCCCUGAAGAAAAUGUUAAAACUGGAAGAAAAACUGCCUGGUUACACGAAACAUGGUGGUCUGUAUCCCGGAGUAAAUGCUCAUAGUUGAAAUCAACUCUCAUAAUAUAAUUUUGAUUGUACUUUAGUAUGUUUUUAUAUCUUUAUUCUCAUUUAAACACUGAAAAUCAAUCACACGCAAUAAUUUACAAGAAUGUAUGAUCUAAGAUAUUCGUAAUUGAUUAUUGAUUCAAAUCCAGAACUCGUGACACGUACACACUGUUUUGCUUUAAUAAGAAGUUUAAAACGUACGUAAACAUCAGAAGUCAGAACCUUUAUAAACGACAUGUUUGUGUCUACUAAGAAAACACAAAAUAUAAACUGCAAAAACAUGAUAAAUAAAGUACAAUUUACUCAAUAUAGGUGUUAAAACGUUUUUUUGACAUAAACACUUCACAUUGCAUUUGUUUUAAAAACAUUGUGCCACCUCAAGAAUUUAUGUUAAAUAAUAUGAUUGAGAUAAGGUAUUUGCGUUCUCUAAACUUUGCUAAGUUAGAACGUACUUGCAAGGUCAAGAAAAUCUUUAGUCUAGGCAAACAUGUCUGCUUCCCAACCGCUGAUGGACUGUUUCCGAAUAAAUGAUUGGCCGGUUAUUGUUAAUUGUAUUUGAUUGAAUUAUUUAAGAAAUAUUGACAGAAGAGCAGGGGUAAUAUUGUCGAAUACACCCCGCAGGGCUAGGCACAAAUGUUUUCUGUAUCCCGUGCGCGUUCAUCUUCGACCAAUUUACAAAAUU